GCCCCGGCUGUGGCCGCCGGCUGCGGAGAAGUACGAAACCCAGCUGCCGAGCCGGGGCCUGAGUGGCCGCCUCCUCCAACGACGGCUGACCCGGAGCGCCUGGCACAGGUAUAGACCCAGUGUGCCUCCUGGGCUGUGCCCAGGUUCAGAGCCAUGCCAAUCAGUGGGUGAAGCUUGAGGCAGUCAUGGAGCCACUGCAGCCUCAGCAGAAGCAGCAGCAGCAGCAGCAGCAGCCGCCGCCGCCGCCACCACAGCCACCACACCUGGCUCCUCUGCAGAUGGAUGCCAGAGAGAAGCAGGGACAGCAGAUGAGAGAAGCCCCGUUCUUAUAUGCCCAGAAGCUGGUCACACAGCAGACUCACCUUUCUGCCACACCUGGGAGGCCUUCUGGCAGCCCUGCCCUGGGUCCUUUAGCCAGAGUUCCACCGGCAGUGGCCCGAGUUUUUGAGCGGAGCAAAGUGAACUCAGAGCCUGAGGAAGAGGAAGGAGGUUUGGAAGAUGAGGAUGGGGAUGAUGAAGUUGCAGAGGUCACUGAGAAAGAGGCCCAGACUGCUUCAAAAUAUUUUCAUGUACAGAAGGUGACUCGCCAAGACCCCAGGGCAGCACCUGUAUCUGGUCUGCUGCCAGCACAAGGGCUCCCACCACAUGGACAGCAAGCUAAAGAAGACCAUACCAAAGAUGCUUCUAAGGCCUCAGCUUCAGUCUCCACAACGGGGCAGCCAGGCUGGAAUCUGGAUGAGCAGCUCAAGCAGAAUGGUGGUUUGGCCUGGAGUGAUGAUGCAGAUGGAGGCCGGGGAAGAGAGAUCUCUCGUGAUUUUGCCAAGCUGUAUGAACUGGACAGUGAUCCGGAAAGAAAAGAGUUCCUGGAUGACCUCUUCGUCUUUAUGCAAAAGAGGGGGACUCCCAUCAACCGAAUCCCCAUCAUGGCCAAGCAGAUCUUGGACCUGUACAUGCUGUAUAAGCUGGUCACAGAGAAGGGGGGGCUGGUGGAGAUCAUCAACAAGAAGAUCUGGAGGGAGAUCACCAAGGGCCUGAACCUGCCCACAUCCAUCACCAGCGCGGCCUUCACCCUAAGGACCCAGUACAUGAAGUAUCUCUAUGCCUAUGAGUGCGAGAAGAAAGCCUUGAGCUCCCCGGCCGAACUCCAGGCAGCCAUUGACGGCAACCGGAGGGAGGGCCGGCGGCCCAGCUACAGCUCCUCCCUCUUUGGCUACUCCCCUGCUGGUGCCUCUCAUGCUGCCACCGCCACCACCGUUACCGGGGCCCCUGCCCUCCUCUCGCCACCCAAGAUCCGCUUCCCCAUCCUCGGGCUAGGCUCCAGCAGUGGCACCAAUGCCAGCGGCCCUCGGAUAUCCCCAGCAGCCACUCUCAGGAAAGGUGAUGGAGUCCCAGUGACAACUGUGCCCGUGCCAAAUCGCCUGGCUGUGCCCGUGACCUUGGCCAGCCAACAGGCUGGUACCCGAACAGCCACACUCGAGCAGCUGCGGGAGCGGCUGGAGUCAGGGGAGCCCCCUGAGAAGAAGGCGUCCCGGCUGUCGGAGGAGGAGCAGCGCCUGGUGCAGCAGGCCUUUCAGCGCAACUUCUUCAGCAUGGCGCGGCAGCUGCCCAUGAAGAUCAGGAUCAACGGCAGGGCAGAAGACAGAGCAGAGGCCUCAGCUGCAGCACUGAACCUGACCACGAGCAGCAUUGGGAGCAUCAACAUGUCUGUGGACAUCGAUGGCACCACCUAUGCAGGUGUGCUCUUUGCCCAGAAGCCUGUGGUCCACCUCAUCGCAGGAUCUGCUACCCAAAGCAUUGGCAGCAGUGCCAGCAGCAGCAGCGGUUCUCACUGCUCACCGAGUCCUACCUCAUCUCGGGGCACCCCCAGCGCAGAGCCCUCCACCAGCUGGUCCCUCUGAGGGCAGGACCCAGCUUCCACUCCCCACUCUCCCUUCAAGAGUGGAGGAAGUUGAUGCACAGAAUUUACCUCAUCUCUCGGAGCCCACAUCAAACACCACUUGGCCAGAUGUUGAGAGUUUGGAUGUGUCCGUCUGUCCAGGCUCCAUCAGGUCCUGCUGUACUCUAGAGACAGGGAGAGGCUGGAGAGGCCUGACAGGGCAGCGUUGUCCAAUCAGGGAUUGUCCUGGAGAACUGGGCGGGGUCUGUGGGCGUCCAGCUUCCUCCAGGGCUCCCAGGCCACCUCCUAUUCCGGGCACAGUGUAUCGACAAUCUGUAAGCUGACACAGGGCUGGAGGCCCUCCACAUCCCUUCCCCUUUAAUUUAUUUCCCUUUUCCUGCCUUCUGCCAUGACCCCAGGUUCCCUGGUCUCUUCCCUUGCUCAGUCCCCAUCUUUAACCUCCAUGUGGGGCUUCUCGGAACCUAAAGCAUGCCUUCGCAGCCCUUCUCUGCUGAGCAUGGGAUGAGGUCCUCCCAAACCACCUUGCCUACUGGGUUUGGUUCCUGGGCUGUGGGUCCCUCAGAUUCAAGUCUUGAAGCAUCUCAGGGCCCCAUAUCCCCCUUUUAAUGGUCCCAAGAAAGGGCUCAUGAGGGCCGCCCUCAGGGCCUGCUGGGCAUCUGCCAAGGGAGAGGCAGAGCCUCAGGGCUGCCCAGGCAGGCCCUGGCACCCACUCCACUGACCCUUUACUGACCCUCCCAGACCUCUCACCCCUGUUGGCCAGCUCUCCCAGAAAACAGCCCACUUGUCCCUUGCGCCCCCCUUCUUCUCAUGGGGCCAUCUUAGCCCCAGUAUCUCCAGACCUGCUGACGUCAGGUUCAUUGAAAUACCUCAGACUUGUAAUUGUUGAUGUUUGAUUCUUCAGGAAGUAUUUGCAUCUCUGAAAUCUUUUUUAUAUGUGUUUGCUGACUUUGUUUUUUACUUUAAAAUUUUUAUUGUUGUUAUCAUAUAGCACCAAAGAAAUGAAAGCAGAUCACCCCCAAAGCCGAGCAAAUGAUCUGGUACCCCAGCCCCUCCGGCCCUUCCCUAAGACUCCAGUGAGGAGCUGGGAGAGGCAGCAGGAGAAAUGACUCAGGGAUCACAGUGGCAGGAGGAGGUGGAACUGAGAGGCCCUCUCUCAUGCAGGUUGGGUCCUGAAACCACACUGGUUCUCAAGAUGGCCCUUGACCCAUUUCCCACUGGAGCAUCGCAGUCCCACACCCCAAAGCCCAGCUCACCUGAGUGGGGACAGAGCGUCUCUCCUUUGCUCAACAUUCCCACCCCAGAGCAGGCGCAGCCGCAGGCCUUGCUGAAGUUGAGGGUGAGGCAAUGCCGAGAGAGCUCUGUCUCUCCUUUCGGACCCUUGGGUGGAGCAGGCUGCUCAUGUGUCGUAAAGAGGGGGUGAUUCUCCCACAAGGCUCACCUUUCAAUGGAGUAAGCUCUGCAGUGUUCAUAGAACCCCCCUAGUGUGAUGUGGGCUGCAGUAGUGGAAGGCCACAGAGGCACAGGCCCACCCACGGUCCUGUCUGGGAAAAGAAAGGGAAACCAAAUGCUUGAGCACAAGACAUACCUCAGCCAGGUAAGCUGCAGCCGCGCCGGACUGCAUCGCCUCUCUCCCCUCCCCCCGUCUCCACACUCUCUCUCACACACACGGUCACGCACAGCCUCAUCACUGGGGGCUGACCCUCUUAUAGCCUCAGAAGCCUCAAUAUCUUACCCGCCAGGUCCAUGCAGGGCAUAGGCAGAGGGUGUCCUGGGUCUGGGUCAGGGAGGAGCCCGGUUGGCCAGUGCCAGGCCCACUUGAAGACAUCACAGACAUUGGCCAAUAUGUCUUUCUCAGGGGUUUGGUCACGAAGGAUGGACUCUUCCCACCCGGAGGACGCAGGGCCAGUGCACUCUGUCUUCCUGGUCAUUGGAUCCUCUCCCUCUCCCAGGCAGCUUGCCCAGCCUCACCCUCUCAGCAAGCCCUUGCUGCCCUCAGGGCAUCAGCAGGGUCUCAGCCUGAAAGCCCCAGGGUGGGGAGCGCCAGCAGGUGCCCCCCCAGAACACCUGGGCCAAGAGAAACUUUGCUGAGGGUACAGCCCUGAGGCCAUGGCAUUCAUUGGCCAGGGCUGCUCUGUCUUUUCCCCCUCCCUAACUUACUUGUUUUCUAACCAGGAAAAAAUGUGAUAGCACAUGGGUAGCCUAGGCAGUGGAUAAAUACCUCAGAUGUCCUCUUGCAGCAAGUGUCUGUAUAUGUUGUGGUUAUUUUCUAUCUUACAUGUUUUCGAAUGUUUAUAUUUCAAUAAACCUCUACCUCUUCACACAA